UAAUCAACCCCUUUCGGAGUUGAACCAUAGGUAUUUCUAGCCCUGUCUUUUUAACCUAUUGGAAGUCCUCUGGGAUCAUUUCUCUAUCCCCAUUCCUGUCCACAAUUCCUCUUGGUGUAGCAUUUUCCAUAAAUAUACUUACAUAUCCUCUUACAUACUGUUUACUCAUCUUCUCAUCCAUUAAGGAAGAUAUUCCCCAGAUCAGGCCUGGCACCUAUUUCUUUGACUUCUCUAAACACAUCUUGGUCUCCAGACAUUGAACCGUUUAUCAUUUCCCUGGCCCUUCAGAUGACUUGUAGGCUUUUACCUAUUGUCAUUACACUGGAAAAUGCUGAGCUAUAGUAUAAUGUGAAUUAAUCAGGGAAAUCAAAUUUCCCAAAAGUGCCCAAUUGGAUAGUUCUCUUAAGCCCUGUAGGCUGACCGUGUUGUCUAUACCCAUCAUCCAGGAGCUUCAUGUUGGUAUCAGUAAAAGACCACUCAGUAUAUUUGGUGGGUUUGAUUGAUUGAUUGAUUCUGCUCACCCCUUCAUCCCCACUCAGCAUUGCAGUUUCCCUCACUUCUAAGGGCACAGGGUCUGAAAUGAUGCAUCUCCAGUACCCCUCUUUUAUUUAACAAAUAUGUGAAAUGCCUCCUAAUUAUCCUGAAUAAAAUUCAUAGAUAAUAUAACCUACCCUACCCAUGCAUAUAAUUUAAAAAAUCAAUGUAGAGACGCAGCUUUUCUGCUGCGUGGGGGCUGCGGCCCGCGGAAAGGGAGAGGCGGUUGGCUUAUUCUCAGGUCCCGAAGUGCUGUGCUUUCGCGGCCGUCCGGCGCGACACACUCUCCAGACCCAGUAUGUAGGUGCCGGGCGGCUGCCAUGAACUCCGGAGCCAUGAGGAUUCAUAGCAAAGGACAUUUCCAGGGUGGAAUCCAAGUCAAAAAUGAAAAAAGCAGAACAUCUUUGAAAUCUCUAAAAACCGAUAACAAACCAGAAAAAUCCAAAUAUAAGCCACUUUGGGGAAAAGUAUUUUACCUGGACAUACCUUCUGUCUCAAUAUCUGAAAGACUGCAAAAAGACAUUAAAGAUCUUGGAGGGCGGGUUGAAGAAUUUCUGAGCAGAGAUAUCAGUUAUCUUAUUUCAAAUAAAAAGGAAGCUAAAUUUGCGCAGUCCUUGGGUAGAAUUUCUCCUAUACCAAGUCCAGAAUCUGUGUAUACUGCAGAAACCACUUCACCUCAUCCCAGCCAUGAUGGAAGUUCAUUUAAGUCUCCAGACUCAGUGUGUUUAAGCAGAGGAAAAUUAUUAGUUGAAAAAGCUAUCAAGGACCAUGAGUUUAUUCCUUCAAAUAGUAUAUUAUCAAAUGCCUUAUCAUGGGGAGUAAAAAUUCUUCAUAUUGAUGACAUCAGAUACUACAUUGAACAAAAGAAAAAAGAAUUGCAUUUACUCAAGAAAUCAAGCACUUCUGUAAGAGAUGUGGUGAAAAGAGCUGGUACACAGAAAACAAGAACAGGUAGACUGAAAAAGCCUUUUGUAAAGGUGGAAGAUAUGAGUCAGUAUUUGUCUUUUUAUUCUUUCAGACUAUAUAGGCCAUUUUAUCUUCAGUUGACCAACAUGCCUUUUAUAAAUUAUUCUAUUCAGAAGCCCUGUAGUCCAUUUGAUGCGGAUAAACCAUCUUUCAUCCAAAAGCAAACUCAGGUUAAACUAAGAAUCCAAACAGAUGGUGAUAAAUAUGGUGGAACCCCAGUUCAACUCCAUUUGAAAGAGAAGAAAAAAAAAGGAUAUUGUGAAUGUUGCUUGCAGAAAUAUGAAGAUCUCGAAACUGUAAAUGUGGUAUUAUAUCUAGUCGAUAUUUCUAAAACUAUUAAUAUUGUUUGCUAUUUACAUUUAACUUAUUUUUCUCAUUGUGAUUUUCAAUUUGAUAAUUAUAAGUAGUAAUUCUUUUUUAUAGAAAUAUCUUAAAUUUUAAAAACUCAAAGGAGGGAAUAUUUUUAUUGAAAAAUCAAUUUUAUUCGUUUACUCGGCAGAUAUUUACGGAGCACCUACUAUGUGCCAGUCACUGUUCUAGGUGAACAGCAUUGAACAAGAGACCAAUUCCCUGCCUUUGUGUAGGUCACAUUCUAUUGGGGGAAAGGGGAAGAGUGGGGAGGCAGACAGGUACCUAUUCAGGAUAAAAACAUAAUGAAGUAUAUAUAAAGAACAUUAGAUAUGCUACGAAGAAGUAUAUAUGGAGAACAUUAGAUAUGCUAUGAAAAAACAUAAAGCAGGAAUUGGGAUGUUGCUAUUUAUUUAGACUAGAUAAAGGUAACCUACAUUUGCGAGUGGGCACCCGAAUGAAGGGAGGUAACAAGACUUGUGGCUUUCUGGGGAAGCAGCAUUCCAGGCAGAGGGAACUAACCACCUGAGUUAACCUAAGUUAACUGUAAGUCCUAAGUUAAAGUGAUUGAUGGAAUUUAAAAGCACAUGAUAUUGGCCUGUACUAAGUAGAAGUGAUGAGACGUCAGAUUGCGGAUAUAUUAAAGGUGGGGCCAAGAGGAUUUGCCAGUGGAUUUGAUGUGGGGAAUGGGAGGUGAUGAUGAGUCAGGAGAUGACACUAAUAUUCGGGACCUGGGCAAGUCAAAAAUGGGUUUGUCAUUUACUGAUGGGGGGAGAAGAGAAAACGGAGAAAAUUCUCUGUGGUAGCAGAAAGAGAAAUACCACAUUAAAAGGUAUAUGUGAUCAAGAGAAAGUUUUAAAGAUGGGAGCUCUUUACAGUUUGUAAGCUGUUGAAAAGAGCAAGAUCCAGGAUGACUAAGUUUGAAUCCUGACUUCCUGUCUGUGUGAUCUUGGACAGUGACUGGCACAUAGUAAAUGGUUAGUAAAUGUUAGCUGUUAUUUUUAUUACUUCAGUUGUUAAUUUUUAAAAUAAUAGAGAUAUUCAUAUUGUUGUUUGGUUUUGGUAGAAUAUGGUGGGAAGGUUAAGGAGAAGGAAUACUACUUUAAAAUACCUAAUUCAUAAACUCUGUCUUCAGACUCUUAACUGAAGUUUGAUUGUUUUAUGACUUAAAAUAUAAUAGUACUUCAUGUCAGUUUUUUUAUUUAUAUAUAAUAAAUGAAAAUAAAUACAGAUAGCAUUUUACAAGUUUUUAAUCACUUGCUAAAGUAUCUCAGAAAUAUUUCCCCUUCCCAGAAAUCACUGUGAUAAUUGAGAAUUAUAUAUUUGUC